UCUUUCCAAAAAUAUGGCUUCCCAGGAACUCAAACGGCGAUUCAAAGACGACCCAAACAACACCGCCACAGCCACCGCCACCACCACGGACGGCCAGAGAAAUAUGGGUGGUAAAAUCAAAGACAAGAAAAUGGCCAUGGCCAAACGAGGCCUCAGAUCGCUCACCAUAGCAGUGGCCGUUCCUCUCUCCCUUUCCCUGCUCAGCGCCUACGUGGGCUCCAGCACAAGUCACGCCAGCGUCGCCCCUAUAGCUUACGGAAAGCCCUUCUGGUUCCCGCCCAUGUGGGCCCUACAUCUGACGUGUCCGGCGUCGUGCUUCUUGAUGGGCCUCGCCGCUUGGAUGGUGUGGGCCAACGGGGGCUUUCAUAGGUACCCCAACGCUCUCUUGUUUUACUUGACCCAGCUUUUCUUGACUCUGCUCUGGGAUCCGCUGGUGUUCGGGGUGGGGGCGACGCGGACCGGAUUGAUUCUGUGUUUCGGAAUGUUCGGAGCCAUGGUCGGGUGUUAUCGUCUGUUUGGGCAGGUGAAUCCCAUCUCAGGUGAUUUGAUAAAGCCCUGUUUGGCAUGGACCGCUUUCCUCUCUCUUGUAAAUCUUAGGCUCGUUUUUGUUUGAAGUCAUUCCAAGUUCCAACCUUCUUGUGAAAACCGAGCGAAGCAGUGUGAAGCAGGUGUAGAAAUUAAUGCGGUGUCAAAGGGUCAGCUUACAGUGUAUACGCCACGCGAUGUGAAUAUUUGCCAGUGUUUUGUAUGUUACGCCCCCUUCAUGUGAGACAGUGAGAGGCGGUUUGUCCUUAUGGAUUGCCUUUUCCAUUGGUUUGUGUCCCUCCUUGUUGAGACUUCGUAUUGUUAUCUGUGACCGUAGGCCACAGUGACUAUUAAUGGUAUUUAUACGACAUUGCUUGGUCCUGCUGCUGAAA